AGGAGAGCGGACGGAGCGGAGUGACGCACCGGGGACUCGGACUUGUAUUUUGCUUUCACCACAACAAGAGACAACCGAGCGGCAGGCAGGCAGGCAGCGGAGCAGCAUGGAGCUGUGAGGGCUGCGGGCCGACCGGGACCUGCUCCCCAAACUUCUCUGUUUGAUUUGUUUUAUUUUCCGCAUCUGAUAUCGUUCUCUUUCCCCCCCAACAUGGAGACUACAGGCUGCUGGCUGCUUCUGGUUGCGCACUUCAUCCUCCUCUGCCAACAAGCCGAUGGAUACGCAUACAGGAAUCAACGCAAGAUCUCAGAAGACAUCGACUGGUCGUACGCAGGAACAUUAAAUCAAGACAACUGGGCCAAGAAGUUUUCAUCCUGCAGCAACGCCAAGCAGUCUCCCAUCAACAUCGAGGAGAACCUGGCUCAGGUGAAGCUGCAGUACCAGAAACUGAAGUUUGACGGCUGGGAGAGCCUGACAGGCGUCGGGGCGACCAUCAAGAAUGACGGCAAGACUGUGGCGGUUAAUGUGGAUGGUGAGUUCUAUGUCAGUGGAGGGGGUCUGAGGUCAGAAUUCAAGGUCGGACGCAUUACCUUCCACUGGGGGCGCUGCAACGCCUCUUCAGAGGGCUCCGAACACAGUCUGGAUGGAGUCAAAUACCCGCUAGAGAUGCAGAUCUACUGUUAUGAGGCACAUCGCUUUGACUCUUUAAAUGAAACCAUCCAGGCUGGAGGCAGGAUCACCGCACUUGCCGUGCUGUUUGAGAUAAGCUCUGAAGACAACAUGAACUACGCCGCCAUCAUAGAUGUUAUCAACCACGUGAGCCAAUGCGGAAAGAGUAAAGAAGUUUUACCCUUCACGCCAAGAGGCCUGCUGCCAAACUCCACAGAGAAAUAUUUCAUCUACAACGGCUCUCUGACCACACCGCCCUGCAGCGAGACCGUGGAGUGGAUCGUCUUCAAGAACACUGUGACCAUCUCUGACAAACAGCUCAAGAUGUUCUGCGAGGUGAUGACGAUGGAGCAGGCCGGAUACGCGAUGCUGAUGGACUACCUGCAGAACAACUACAGGGAGCAGCAGCCGCAGUUCAUGGGUCAGGUGUUCUCCUCGUACACUGGCACAGAGGAAGUCCUUACACCAGUGUGUAGUUCAGAGCCGGAGAACAUCCAGGCGGUGCCUCACAACGUCAGCAGCCUGCUGGUGACGUGGGAGCGGCCCCGGGCGGUGUACGACGCCAGCAUCGAGAAAUACUCUGUGAGCUACGGACUCGCCGACGCAGAAAACAGCGACCCCUCCAUAUACCUGACCGACGGAGACCAGGAUGUGGGGGCGAUACUCGAUGACCUCAUAGCUAACAGCAGCUACGUGGUCCAGGUGGUGGCGGUCUGCAACAACGGGCUGUACGGACGUGUGAGUGACCUGCUGACGGUCCUCAUGCCCGACCCCGACAAAUUUCAAGAUCCAGAUUCAGAUGAAUUUAACAUUGAGGACAACUACGAACCCAAUGUGUCCUGGAAUGAACCGGUCCAAACUGACGACUACGAUCUGGUUUUGAUUCCCACAAACCCAACCAGGACUACGACUCCUCGACCGGCCUUUUUACCUCCACCUGGUGUCAAAACAACAACAGCAGAGCCCGGUCAGAGAAAAACCAGUACUGACGCACCUCCCUCUGCCCGAUCCACCCAGUACGGUCAAGUUUUAAGCAACUCUGAAAAGACAACCAGGCGCAGUACCUCCACUUCACCACCAGAGGUCACUGUUUCACAUAGAAACAAAGGGAGCGUCUUCAGUGGCAUUGCUCCCUUUUAUUCUACAACUACACCUGGUGCAACAACUACCGAUGGUGGUCCUAAAAAGCCCAAAGUUGGAGUCAGUACGACUUCUGUUACGUUGACAAGCACAAAGACAAAAGGUGGUAAAAGUAUUUCUUCGUACAGCACCACCACGACAACGCUAAGAUCUCGUACCAGCGACACUAGCAGAACAACAACACCGCCCUUCAUCCAACCAAACACCAAUCGAGGCCUUGUAAACACGGAUUCAAGAACUCCUGUUUCACCUGGUUCGACCCCUGUGCCUUCCUCCUCGGGUGGAGCCGCUCGACGUAGGACAACAACUCCCAGCAUGCCUCGUUUUACGUCUUCAACCACUUCUGUGAGGUUGGGUGGUGUUCUCUUGAAGACCACGCAGCCAAUGUCCAACGACGCCAGCAACAGCAGCCACGAGUCCAGAGUCGGGUCGAUCAGGGAGCGAGAGAGGAAGGCUGUGGUUCCUCUGGCCGUCAUCUCAACCCUCACCGUCCUCGGCCUCGUCGUCCUCAUCGGCAUCCUCAUCUACUGGAGGGCGUGUUUUCAGACGGCUCACUUCUACAUCGAGGACAGCUCUUCGCCCAGAGUCAUUCAGGCUCUGUCCAACGCGGCAUUAAACGACGACGAAGAAACCGCGUUCCCAGCGAAGGACUUUGUCAAACACGUAGCCGAGCUUCACGACACCGGCGGCUUUCAGCGGGAGUUUGAGAUCCUGAAGGAGAGUUACGAGGAGGUUCAGGCUUGCACCGUGGACAUGGGCAUGACGACCGACAGCUCCAACCAUCCUGACAACAAAACCAAAAACAGAUACAGCAACAUCCUGGCCUAUGACCACAGCCGGGUGCGACUCUCGCUGCAGACCGACAAAGACGGGAAGACCAGGGACUACAUCAACGCAAACUAUGUGGACGGUUUUAAGAAGCCACGGGCGUACAUCGCUGCUCAGGGUCCUCUGAGGUCAAGCACAGCGGACUUCUGGAGGAUGGUUUGGGAGCAGAAUGUGUGCGUCAUCGUCAUGAUCACAAACUUGGUGGAGAAAGGAAGAAGGAAGUGUGAUCAGUACUGGCCGGCCGAGGUGCAGGAGGAGUACGGCGGCUUCCUGGUGACGGUGAAGAGCAGCCAAACGCUCGCCUACUACACCCAGAGGACCUUCACCAUCAGGAACACACACAGCAGAAAGAGCUCCCAGAAGGGGCGGAGCAACGAGAGGACGGUGAUGCAUUUCCAUUACACCCAGUGGCCCGACAUGGGCGUCCCAGAGUUCGCUCUGCCACUGCUCAGCUUCGUCCGCAAGUCGUCCAAAGCCAGGAAAGACGAGACGGGGGCGGUGGUGGUUCACUGCAGCGCUGGUGUGGGCCGGACGGGCACAUACAUCGUCCUGGACAGCAUGCUGAAGCAGAUCAGAGACGAAGGGAACGUCAACAUCACAGGCUUCCUCAAACACAUCCGCACACAGAGGAACUACCUGGUUCAGACAGAGGAACAGUAUGUUUUUAUCCACGAUGCUCUGGUAGAAGCCAUCUUGUCCGGGGACACAGAGGUGAUGGGGGCUCACCUGCACAGGUACGUGGACGAGCUGCUGAUCCCGGGGCCUGCAGGGAGGACACGUCUGGAGAAACAGUUCAAGCUGGUAUGUCACCCUGGAUUGAAGCCGAGCGAUUUCUCUGCAGCUCUGCAUGAAUGCAACCGCAGCAGGAACAGAAACUGCUCCGUGAUACCUGUCGAGAGGUCGAGAGUCAGAUUGUCUACAACAGCAGGAGAAACAUCAGACUACAUAAACGCAUCGUACAUCACAGGUUACAGGCAGAGCAGUGAGUUCAUCAUUACCCAGAACCCUUUGCCAGGCACCGUUAAGGACUUCUGGAGGAUGAUUUGGGACCACAACGCCCAGGUCAUCGUGUCGCUGCCGGGCGGGACAGAGGAAGAGGAGGAGGAGAAUGAGGGGGGGCAAUGUGCCAUUUGGCCUCGUAAAGGUCAGCCAAUCAGCUAUGAGAUGUUCACUGUCACUCACAGAAGUGAGACUAACAUCUGUCUGGCCAACGAGGACAAUGUGGCGGUCCAGGAAUACGUCCUGGAGGCUACACAGGACGACUUCGUUCUGGAAGUGAAACACUAUCGCACCCCCCACUGGCCAAACCCAGACAGCCCCAUCAGCAACACCUUUGAGCUCCUCAACCUGGUGAAAGAGGAGAGCGCCACCAAGGACGGACCGACAGUGGUCCACGAUGACGUGGGCGGCGUUACGGCGGGAACAUUUUGUGCUUUGUCGACUCUGACGCGCCAGCUUAAAGUGGAGGGUUUGGUCAACGUCUUCCAAGUUGCAAAGCUCACCAAUCUCAUGAGGCCGGGAAUCUUCAGCGACAUAGAGCAGUACCAGUUCCUGUACAAAGCCAUGCUGAGUCUCAUUGGGACGCAGGAAGAUGAGAAAACCCUCCAGUCGUCCGACAACAACGGUACCAUCGUGGUGGGGACGGCCAGCAGCGCUGCAGAGAGCCUUGAAUCCCUGGUGUAACCGCCUCACAAAGAACUCUCGUUUCACUUUUACACAUGAGCAACAGCCUUUAGUCUCUCCUCUUCAGCCACCAACAGAACUUCUCUCACUCCUAAAAAAUGAUCGUCCUCGCUCAGGAUGCCAUGUCGCAGUUUGAGGCUGGCGUUUACUGAACUAGCUUCUCCGUCUUCUUCCUCUUCUCACGAUCUGGACUCCCUGCGGUUUUUGUAACGUGUGCCUUUUUGUAUUUUUCAUCCUGUACUUUUUAACUUUGAUACAAGCUGUAGACUAACAGUCUGAUGUUUUUAACUCUGUACCGCCUGCAGACGCUUCACUCGACUAACACUUUUUCCUCGACCUUUUGUAUUUAUUGGCACCGAGCCAAACGGGGAAACAAAAAAGGGAAAAACUGCCUCUUUUUACAACGAGAGAUAUUUUGUUAGCUUGUCUUUUAUAGAACUCCUGCACUGAAAUCCUUUCUGUAAAUACCAUCGCAACAGUAGCAGCAGUGUGCUGUUGAAGGGACAUUUUAAAAAGGGCCUGGAAUAAUACAAAAUAAUAAUAAUCUAAUGUAAAUAAUAUUAUAGUAAUCAACUUGAUGGACCAAAUUUCUAUUUAUACGUUUAGAUUUUUUAUAUUUGACCAUUCUUAGUGCAUUCAGAUGAUAUGCUUUACUUCUAAUCAUGUAGUAGGAGAACAUUAAUGCUUUUAUAUUCUGGAUUUUUUUGUAACAGACUAAAUGUGAUGCAUGGGGUACUGACAUGUUUGUUUUUGUAGCUGGACAUGAAACACUGCCGGAUUCUUAGCUAGGGGAAUAAAUAAGUGGAAGACCAUAAAACACA